CCUUCCUCCUCCUCGGCUCCUCCCAUCAACAAAAAUGUGGCUAUCCAUCCUCAUAAUUUCAGUGUUGGUGUUUGUGCUGCACGAAUUAUGGGUAUUCCUGAACUGGGUUUGGAUCCAGCCCCGGAGAAUGGAGAAACUCCUGAGGAAACAAGGCCUCAAAGGCAAUUCUUACAGGUUCCUCUUCGGAGAUGCCCGGGAGACCGCCGUCAUGUACAACGAAUCCUACUCCAAACCAAUCGCCAUUAACGAAGAUCUCGGCCCUCGUGUCAUGCCCUUCAUUUACAAGACCUUGAGGACAUAUGGUGAAAGGUCAUUCAUGUGGGUGGGGCCUAGACCGUAUGUGUUCAUUACGGACGAUGAGAUGAUCAAAACUGUAAUGAACAACUACAUUGUUUUUCAGAAGCCUUUCAAGGCAUCGAAUCCGAUAGUGAAGAGACAAAUUGGGGGACUUGUUCGAUUUGAGGGCGAAAAGUGGAGCAAUACAAGAAAGAAGUUGAGGCCGCAUUUUCAUUUGGAGAAACUGAAGAACAUGGUAUCGACUAUGCAAAAAUAUGCAGAGCAAUUUCUAGCUGAAUUUAGCAGGAUAGUCCCAGAGGAUGGGUCGUCGACUGUGUUGGAUGUUUACCCUUAUCUCCCAGACUACACAGCUACUGUAGUAUCAAACAUAUUAUUCGGCAUUUCUUUCGAUAAAUCAGUGAAAAGGACUUUUGGUCUCAUACGUGAGCUCACUUUCAUUGCAAAUCAGGCUCAGCCUUUCAACAUCCGUGGAGAGCAGUACUUGCCAACCAGGAGAUACAGGAGGGCAAACGCAAUUGAGAACGAAUUGACAGCCAUAUUCACAAAUAUGAUGAAUGAAAGGUUAAAGAAGUGGGAGAGAGGAGAAGUGAGAGGUGAACCCAACUUAUACGACAUAUUCUUGGAUGAACUAAAUCAAAUAGACAUCAAAGACAAGAAUGCUCGUGCCAUGGCCAUUUUUGAUAUCAUACAACAAAGCAAGCUAUUCUUCUUGGCCGGACACGAGACCACUUCCAAUCUCAUCGCUUGGACCAUUGUCAUGCUUUCCAUCCACCAUAAAUGGCAAUCUCUUGCUAGAGAAGAGGCUUUCCAAGUCAUUGGCGACGAGAAGAAGCUCACUGAUGAUGACUUGGACCGCCUAAAAAUCUUGCAUAUGAUCUUGCACGAGGUGUUACGUUUAUAUCCACCGGUGGUUGAGCUCACCAGAAUAGUAGAAGAAGACACAACCUUGGGAGAUCUCAAUCUACCAAAGGGCACAAUGGUGCAGUUGCUAGGAAUUUACCUGCACAGGGACCCUAAAAUUUGGGGCGACGACGUGUUGGAGUUCAAGCCGGAUAGGUUUGCGGAAGGAGUGCUGAAAGCGGCCAAUGGGCAUGCGGCGUUCAUACCCUUCGGGUGGGGCGUCCGCAAAUGCAUAGGGGCGAACAUGGCACUGCGGGAAGCCAAAGUGUUUCUUUCAUUGUUUCUACGAAGGUUCACCUUCGAUCUUUCGCCGACCUACAUGCAUGGGCCUUUGGUUUCACUAAACAUGCAGCCACAAUACGGAAUUCCUCUCAUUCUGCGCAAGCUACUCUAGACCUCAUGCAUGUUGGAUCAUUUCUAUCACUGAAUAAUUUCUAAGUAAUUCUUAUAUAUAUAUAUAGAAUGCAUGCGCUACACUAUGUGUAUUGUGUGUGAAAAUUGAUACUUUUGUGAGGUAAAUGUAUGGGUGUCUUCUUGCUGUGAUUGUAAUAAAACUGUAGUAGUUAAUUAAUUUGAGUACUUUGUUUUUUUCAA